AUGAUAAACACUCUGGUAACAUCCCCGGUAGAUAUCAGUCCACCUGCCACUCUGAAGCCAGCAACAUGUGUGGCACUGAGAAGGAUGAGUUCAAGUAACAUGAACUUGCACAACACAGCCGCCUCAACGAGUCCUCCUAUCAGAGGGACAGACCGGGUGGCUCGGAUUAAGCAGGAAGAGAUUCAUAUAGCAGACAGAGAGAGGCAACGUGAGCGAGAAAUUCAGUCCUCUUUGUGGAUUUCCAGCAAUUGGGAACAUAUUUCUUUGGAUAUGUCUGAACCCAUGGAAGGACAGCAGCGACGGCCGAGGUCUUUCAGUGAAUCCUUGCACAUUAUGACACAGUCCAACAUUUUGUGUGGCUCACCAUCUCCCACAAGGGCAGCCACAAAACAAUGUUUCUCCCCAUCCAUGCAGAUCCCGGUGAAAAACACAACCUUUACACCUUCGCCCUCGCCAAGCCCAACUCGGAAGAACUUUCUCAGAAGCCUGAGUCCUAUAGCUGUCAGAACAGGAGCAUUAAAACGCAAAUUGGAGAGUGAUGGUGAUAGAUGGGAGUACAUCAGCCCACCCAAGAAGUUCAACACAGGGCCUAGUACACCUGACAGAAUCAUGACCUGCUCACAUCCCUUGGCCAACAGCCUUGCUGCUCUGGGCGCUCAUUCACCUCUGUCAGUUAUCAGUAGAGGUCAUUCACCGCACACCUCAAUCGGCAGUCAUGGAGUGGCCAUAGUCCCAACUCUGAUGGUUAGUAAGCAAGCAUUUCUGUUUCGGCCGGUUCAGGAGGCGGUUAGUCAAGCUUCUUCAACGUCGUCGUCAACUAUAUCCCUUCAUCACCUGCAGGAGCAUCAGCAGCAGCAUUUAGAACAAAGCUCGUUGGACCAUAUAGACAUGGUCAGUGACAGCGGAAACCACAACAGCACUGACAUUUACAUGAGUGACUCUGAGAUGCGGGACCAUUCAGACAGUGUGGACAAGUCGUCAGUGGACUUCAAUUUUAAACCCAUUAGUCCAGACCAUGUCUAG